UUCGUGGCCGGUUGGUUAGAAUGCCGUGACGUCACUUUCCCGCGAAAUCUAAACGAAACGCGCGAAGCAAGCGGCAAAGGUUCGAUUACUCCGUCACAAAGCAACGCCGUUUCACCUAGUCCCGAUCGGAGACCUCGCCAAAGUAAAGUCUGCCACCAAGACGUAAAGUGUGAAGGUGUUCAUCAAUAGAAAUUGAGGCAAUCAUGGAUUCGUACGAGGUAGACAAGUAUGAGAACCCUCAGCCAGUGUGGAAGAUUAAGCACAGGAACAGUAUCCUAGAGAGUGCCACGGAGGAAGAGGAUGCCACUGUGUCCUAUGCGGAUGACUCUGCCAUAGGCAUGGAAUUGGAUGAACUUGGCAAGGAGCCGAGCGUAUUUGUUUCAGACGGUGAAGUUGCGAGCCCCCGCAAACAGAGUCUGUCGCGGAAAACGUCUAGGGGACCACGGAACCCCAGUGGCACCUCGUUGCGUAGUGACCACAACCAUGUCUAUAUUCCCCUGCCAGAGGAUAUUGAAGUAACAGGCGAGAGUCCGCCAUGCGACAGACGCAGUCCGUCCGUAACGUUUGUCGACUCUGGCACACAACGCGAAUCUUGCACAAACAAGGACGAACACGACAGCAACAGCAAAGACAGCAGCUUAAACACACCGAAGCAACCAUCCAAGAUUGACCGCUACCGAGACCAAGUUCACGGCUUUUUCACCGAUCACAAAAGUGCGAUUACUGUAGUUCUCUACGCAUUGCUGGCGCUGGUGUACCUGGCUUACUUCAUAACAGCAGUAGUGAUGGAUGCUGGGAGAGCCACAGCUUUACUGGUAGGCACAGUGGCUCUUGCUGUGUUGAUGGCAACGAGAUUGAUAUGGCGCAAGUUGGGAGACACGCUUGAAACGAGCAUUUCCACGUGCUACACCGGUAUGGCUAAGAGAUGGCGCUGGAUUAAAUGGGUCGUGUUCCUGGGAUUGUUCUCAGCAUUUAUCCUGUUUUUGGCUCUGGAUGUUGCUAAGCAGCCAAGAAAUCUGGUGUCGCUAGGAGGAUUCGUUACAUACGUCUUCUUGUUGUUUAUCACAUCCAAGCAUCCUGGCAAGGUGUUCUGGCGUCCAGUGCUUACAGGCAUCGGACUUCAAUUCUGUCUGGGAAUCUUCAUCCUACGUGUGCCCUUCGGCUUCCAGGCGUUCCAUUUCCUGGGACGACAGGCAGAGGCAUUUUUCAAAUAUUCUGACUACGGCGCACAGUUUGUUUUCGGCGAAGCAUAUGUAGCACACUUCUUUGCGUUUAAGAUUCUGCCGGUCAUCGUAUAUUUUUCCACUGUCAUCUCGAUCCUGUAUUACCUGGGUGUCAUGCAGAUGGUCAUAAAAAUCAUUGCUGGUGGUAUGAGGAUUAUUAUGGGAACCACUGCAGCAGAGUCUGUAAAUACUGCCGCCAACAUUUUCAUUGGACAGACUGAGGCACCAUUGCUGAUAAAGCCAUUUCUACCAAACAUGACGCGCUCAGAGCUACAUGCUGUAAUGACUGGGGGCUUCGCAACCAUAGCUGGUGGAGUGCUAGCCGCAUAUAUCGGCUUUGGGGUGCCAGCUUCACAUCUGAUAGCCGCAUCAGUAAUGACUGCUCCAGGAGCCUUGGCUGUCUCCAAGCUAUUCUACCCUGAGUCCGAGGUGUCGAAGAUGGAAAACAUUAAAGAUGUCGAGAUGCCUAAAGGAAAGGAGCGCAAUAUCAUUGAAGCAGCAUCGGCUGGAGCGUCUGCAUCCAUCAAGAUUGUCGCUCACAUCGCAGCCAACCUCCUUGGGUUCCUAGGCGUCCUGUACUUUGUCAAUGCUGCUCUCUCAUAUUUCGGCAGUCUUGUUGAUUUCCCGGAGCUUUCGUUUGAGUUGUUAUGCUCCUACAUAUUCCGUCCAUUCGCGUUUCUGAUGGGUGUGGAGUGGAAUGACUGUGCCCUAGUGGCUGAACUACUUGGCACAAAGACGUUUCUGAAUGAAUUCAUUGCGUAUGAUCGGCUUGGUGAAUUCAUCAUAAAUCGUGAAUCUGGAACUUGCUCUCAAGAUCACCCUUGCAUGUCGAUUCGUUCUGAAACAAUCACCACCUAUGCUCUGUGCGGGUUUGCAAAUCUGGGCUCUAUCGGGGUGACUCUUGGUGGUCUCGGCGCGAUGGCGCCAUCUAGGAAGAGUGAGCUAGCCGGGUUGGCAGUCCGUGCGCUGAUUGCUGGCACGGUUGCCUGCUUCAUGUCUGCCUGCAUUGCUGGCCUACUCAUCAGGGACAUCGACUAUUCCCUUACGUUAGACACGACACUGAACGUAACAGAUGGCACUAACGCAACCCAGCUACUCGAAGUUCCAUUGACCUUGUAGUGCCUUUACAUGUACUGGCUAAUGUGCAAGAUAAUUGCCAAAAACCGGAAUGAGACGCAAUGAGACCAAGAAUGCGGCUUACUAAUGGAGCUGGAUUUUCGCUGACUGAGAUUUAUGACACGUAUGGCUG